CUUUUUCUCUUCCCAGAAAAUAUUAAUAAUAAUAAUAAUAAAUUAAUAGCACUACCAAAAUUAUUAAUAUUAAACCUUUGGUUCUUUCUUCCUCUCCCAACUUCAAAACGUGCAAGCAAUUGCAAUUUGCAAACCCCACACAGUCACACACACACACACAUAGUCCCUGUUUGUUUCCCAGGAAAAUCCCGGUGCGGGAAAAUCCUCAAUUUUCCGGGAACCCAACCGCCAUAAUGGUUUCCCGGGAAAACACCAAUUGGUUCUUCGAUUACGCCUUGAUUGACGAUAUUCCCGUUCCCGACGCCGCUUUCUCCGCCUUCACCUGGCCCCCCAACGCCUCCAAUGUCGGUGUUGAAAUUGAUGGCUCAUUGGGGGAUUCUGACGGUCUCAAAGAGUCCGGUUCAAAGAAGAGGGUUAGGUCUGAGUCAUGUGCUGCUUCUAGCUCUAAGGCAUGUCGUGAGAAGUUGCGAAGAGAUAGGCUUAACGACAAGUUUGUUGAAUUGGGUGCCAUUUUGGAGCCUGGAAGGCCUAUCAAAACAGACAAGGCUGCUAUCCUGAUUGAUGCUGUCCGAAUGGUGACCCAGUUACGGGGUGAAGCCCAAAAGUUGAAAGACACUAAUCAGGGUCUUCAAGAAAAGAUUAAAGAGUUGAAGGCUGAGAAAAAUGAACUUAGAGAUGAGAAACAGAGGCUCAAGGCAGAAAAAGAGAAGUUGGAGCAGCAACUGAAAUCAUUAAAUGCCCAACCUAGUUUCAUGCCUCCCCCUGCUGCAAUCCCGGCCGCAGCAUUUGCGGCACAAGGCCAAGCCCACGGCAACAAGCUGGUUCCUUUUAUCAGUUAUCCAGGAGUUGCAAUGUGGCAAUUUAUGCCUCCUGCUGCAGUGGAUACCUCACAGGAUCACGUUCUCCGUCCACCAGUUGCCUAAUCUGGCAUUGUACAAUUCUCUGGGCUUCAAUUUUGGCCCAAGGUUGUAUCCAUUUUACCAACACCUUCCUGGCUUUGUUAGUUCUCUUCUAAGUAUUCUAACUGGACCCAGUGGUAACUUCUCUGAAUGUAUUUGGCAUAUGAUACUAUUAUGAUUAAUGCUGGCAUUUGCAUGUAAAUGUUAAUAAGAUUGUCUGGCUGUCUUCACCUUUGUUUUAGUAGUUGCUACUGGGUUCUAAGAUAAUCCAUUGUUAGGUUGACAGCAGCAUUAUUUCGGUUUAGGCUUUUACAAUAUAGGUAAGAGCGCAUUCUUGCUAGUAUAUAUGUUUUAACAAGCAAUAUUAUAGAGCUAUGGUGCUUUAGUUUUAAA